AUGCCUAUCGACUUUGAAAUGAUUCUUUCAGCGAGUCCUCCACUAUUUGCUGCACAAACAUUUCUAGACUUUCGUUACGGUUCCUUCCACAACUCCAACAACCAGCGCAACAAACUGAACACAGCAUUCAGCGAAUAUACUAACGGAGAUAUACGAUCGUGUCUCAUGGCCAAGUCUGAUGAAGAUCAAGACCAAAAAGAGGGUGGCAAAAAGCGCGUCUGGUUCGCAGACGACAAAGGACUGGCUCUAACACAUGUCAAGAUCAUGUCAGAACCUUCCAAUUGUCCUCCGCGAUGGACAGACGAGUUCUUAGCACAAGUCACCAAAGGUGUCAAACCGAACCCAACAUCAGGCGUUAACUGGGUUGCUCAGUUUUCACAGCCUGCGUCCGAUUACUUGGAAUUUCGUGACAGACUUCAGCGACAAUGUGUUUCUCUGGAAAAUGUCAUCAUCAGAGAAGGUGACGACAAUGUCACUGGAACCAUCAAAGUCAAGAACCUUGCGUUUGACAAGGAAGUUUUUGUUCGGAUUACAUUUGACCGCUGGUCAUCCAGCAAGGACAUUACUGCCACUUUCGUUCCAACUGGUGUCGAGGGUGGUGUAUCGCAGUACGACACGUUCUCAUUUACCAUGUCCAUCCCACCAUCUGCAGCAAAAUUUGAGACUGUGGAAUUCUGUGUCUGCUUUAGAACUUCUGGUGUUGAGUAUUGGGAUAAUAAUAAUGGUAACAAUUACAAAAUUGCGGCUGUGAAUCGCAAGAGUCAGACACCUUCACUCUUCAUAGGUACCCAGUUCAAUGAUGUGAAUUUGGUGAAUUUGGACUCUUGGUCGGAAUUUGCGAGCUGGAGGAAUUUAUUAACGGAGGGACCUUAUUGGUGAUCUUCGACAAGUUGAAAAAUAUGGAAAUAUUAUAAAUAUAGCUCAAGAACUGAUCACGAAGUUGAUUGAAUGCUCAACUUAAUCUACUAAUUGUUGUGUAACAAUCCUACGGAUUGCUCGUAAUGAUCAAAGUGAAAGCGUUGCUCGCAUUUAUUUUCAAAUGCCCGAUGGUUCGUUGUAUAUAAAAAUAGAAAACAUAUUUUCAUCAUCGUCAGUGACUAUU